CCGGGGGGUGAACUGUUGCGGGCUUUGUUUAGUGCUUGACCCCACCCACCCUCAGCUCUCCAGCCUGGCGGGCUCCCCUUCCUGCAUCUUUCCAAAGCGCCAUGCCGCUGCUGGCUUUUGGCGAUUUUCUCCCUUGAGCUCCCUGCGAGGCUGGCCUGUUAGGUGUAGCCCAGGGCUAGAAAGGUACAUUUUCCCCCUUUAGCUGUUAAAGAAUAAUUAAAAGAUCUAAAUAGAUAGGUUACUGCUACUUUGUUUCCUAAGAUUUUGGAAGAUUUCACAGUGAACUUACCUAUCGUUUUAGACUAUUUUGGUGCAGAUGUGUGUGCACCUUAACCCGUAUGUAGUAAUUCACAUUUACAAGUGUUUAUGUGCGUUCAGGCAACAUCAUUUAGGGCUGACACUCUAAAACCUUUCAUAUGCACAUACAUACAUACUUUAUAUAGUAUAUAUUUUAUAUGUGGCCAUACAAUGCAUUAGAAAUAAUGGGUGUGUAAGCAUUUUUCAUAUUACGCCCUCCUGAACUGAGCUACAAGUGGCAAUAUUCAGAUUGGUUAUUCGAAGUGACUAAUCUCAGUUAAGAUGUGCUGUGUUAAAGCACAGCACAGUUUUGAUAAUACCAAAAUUUUUUUUAAAAAAAUAGGUGUUUGUGGCCAGGCAUGGUGGCGCACACCUUUAAUUCCAGGGUUCGGGAUGCAGAGGUGGUCAAAGCCAGCGUCGUCUACAUAGUGACUUCCAGGGUCUCUUGUAGCCCACACUGGCCCCACUGUCCCAUCACUACACCCAGCUUUAUGAGUGCUGGAGGUCUAAUUCAGGGCGCUGUACAGGCUAGGAAAGAAGCUAAAGGUCACUAGACUUAGGUACAGCGAGCACAAGAAGGUUGGUACCUAGUGACAAGAAGUGAAGAUCACAAUCCAAGGAAGAGAAAACGUCUGGAUGCUUAUCACUUAACAGAAGAAAAUAUCUCUUGAAUAAGGUGCCCAGCAGCAGGUUUAUCACUUGAAUGGUGGAAUUCCUAUCCUCAGCUUAUUGAGCAUAUUGAGAUGGCAUGAGGAUGAAUCGCAGACAGACUUGCUCAGUCAGCGGACAUUGCCUCCCACUGUUGAGAGCUGUAAAGAUGUCUGACAAAAAGCAGAUCGUUGCCAGGGCUUUCCUGAUUGAGCAACUGAUGUCUAAAAGGUAUUUUGAGGAUAUUGGCAAAUACCUUACUGAGCUAGAAAUGAUUUAUGUGUCUAAGGAGCAUCUCCAGGAGACGGAUGUGGUCAGGGCUGUGUACAGAGUCCUCAAAAACUGCCCCUCAGUGGCUCUGAAAAAGAAAGCCAAGUGUUUGCUGGCGAAGUGGAGAACUUUUUAUAAAAGCACACACUUCAAACCAAGGGACAGCCUUAAAUUAUUCCCGUCAAGUGCCAACAAACAAGAAAAUGCGGCUCUUUCUCAGGACCUGAGUCAGGAUGAGAUCUUAGGUCUCUGCAGUUCUCUCUCAAUGCUGUCAUCCCAGGAUGCCGCAAAGCCCGUUGAAGUGACUGAGUCUGAAAAUAGCACUGCUCGGAUGGAGCUGAAUGGAGAACAUUUGGGUAGUGAUAACUCUGAAGCCACUCGCAAGAGAUCAAGUGAGUUGCAGGAUCCCACGGUGUCUGUGAGAAUGAAAUGUGUAGAGCUGCUUUACGCAGCGUUAGCUAGUUCCUCCACAGAUCAAGCAAAAGCUCAUUUGUGGCAGAACUUUGCAAAAGAGAUUGAAGAGCACAUUUUCAUCCUUUAUUCAAACAACAUCAGAAAAUAUAAAACUUGUAUCAGAAGCAAAGUGGCUAACUUGAGGAACCCCAAAAAUUCUCAUUUACAGCAAAACUUGCUCUCUGGCGCCAUGUCUGCAAGACAAUUUGCUGAAAUGACUGCCCUGGAGAUGGCAAACCAGGAACUGAAGCAGUUGAGAGCGGCCUACACAGAAUGCAGUAUCCAGGAACACUCUCUUCCCUACAACAUUGAUGGCACACUGACAAAUAAGAUAAAGUGCAGGCGCUGUGAGAAAUACAAUUGCAAGAUCACUGUAAUUGCCAGAGGAACGCUUUUCCUUCCAGGUUGGGUGCGGAAUUCAAACCCAGAUGAACAAAUGACCUAUGUCAUCUGUAAUGAGUGCGGGGAGCAGUGGUACCAUAGUAACUGGGUGUGCUUGUAAUUGUAAGUAAUGUUCCCUUAACAGAUGACCCAAGGCAUAUGUUUUAUAUGUAUUAUAUAAUCACUGUGGUUUUUUAAAUCUUUUUGCUGUUGUUUGGGUCUUUAGUUUGUGAGACAAGGUCUCACUGUGUAGUCAAGGCUGGCCUCAGCCUCAGUGUUGGGCUUACAGGAGUAUUAACACUAUACCUGGGUUUAUAUAUAUACUGUUCUUAAUUACAGCCCUGAGAACAAGGAAAGAAAGUCAUUUGCCAAAGCACAAGCCACAACCAGUAAAAGUUGUCUGAACAGAGUAGACGACUAUCAAGGUGUGUUUUGUGGCCAUUUAGUACUUUAUUUACUAUUCUCAGAGUGGGACUGAGAGCAGCUCUGCAUAGUCUGAGCCUAGUAGAGAUGCAGACUCUCAGGGCUGGCGCUUGCUUGAAUCCAGACCUGCAUUUUGGCAGGCUCCCCAAGUAAUCCUCCAGGAUACUUUAAAAAGCACUACAAUCAAAGUAGGCCUGUGGUUUUCAGGAGUAACUGCACAUUAGACUCUUCUGAGGAGCAUUGAAACCCAGUGCUGAGGGUCAACCUAGAGCAAUUCAGUCAGCAUGUAUGAGAUAGGAACCAGACAUCAACAUUGCUGUGGUCAUUCUUCAACCUUAAGUUGGGGUCAGAGUUGAAGACUCUUAUCAAAUAGGUUCUCAUUUGAGCCCCUCUAUAGCUCUAAGAAAUGAGUGUUCUUCUGGAGACUUAACAGAUGCAGAAACAGGCCCACAGAGCUGCAGUAAUUUGUCCAGAUUAUACAACUGUAAGUUACCCACCUCAUACUGAUGCCAGAUCUUUUUCUAGGUUCCUUCUGAGGCAGGAUGUAAUGACACGUCCAUAAUCCAAGUGCCAGGGAGGCUAAGGCAGGGGGUUUCUUUGAGUUCAAGGUCAGCCUGGACUUCAUAAUAAAGUUCCAAGCCAACUUGGAUUGCAGAAUAAGACCCUGUCUCAAUAUUUUUUAAAGGGCAUUGUGGUUUAUGCCUGUAGUCCUAGCAUUGUAGAUCUUGAGGCAGGAUCUCAAGGUUAAGACCUAGGUUAUAUAUGAAAAUAUUCCCCAAAAAAAGGGAUUCAUAGUUUGAGAACUGCUUGAUAAUGACUUUGCAAACUUGUACUCCUGGAAAUGGGAGACUAACAAAUAAUGUGUUGGGGCCCUAAGCUUCGUUGAUUAAUUUCAUUCUUUUGUCCUCUAUUUUCUCCCUUUACAGGUCUCUCUUGAGCUAUAAAAAGUUAUGUUGUAACUGAUUUUUGCUUAGAGCCCAAAUGAUCUUAAUUGAAUCAACUAUAUUUUUCUUUGCAUACGUCCUUUAUAAACUUUAUGACAUGUAAUUUCUUGAUAUUAGGCUUUUUCAUGUCUUCAAGGGCAUGUCUUAGGUUUGAAAUUCAAAUUUUGCUGAAGUAAAAAUGGCAUUAGUUGUUAGGAAGUUCAUUUCCUCAGCCUUUGAAUCUACCAACAGUUAUUUACCUAAUAAAUGAAGAAGAAAUUAUUUAUUUGCGGCCUUUACAAACAGCAUUUACUGAUUUGUCUAUUUGUUUAAAAACAAGGUUUUCAUGUGCUUGUGACUUUUUUUCCUUAAAAAUAAUAGAAUGCUCAUUGCUCUUUUUUGGGGGGGUGGCCUGAUUUUUGUUUUCUUAUAUGUAAAACAAUUUUCAGCAUAAUCCAAAUUGUACAUAGCUCACAUUUACGUGUCUAAACAAGUAGAAGCUCACAUGUGUACUUUUACAGUUUACACAGUAUUUAAAUUUAAAUAUACAUUUUCUCAUUUGUUGUUUGGCUGAGACAUGUGAGUGGUUUUUGGUUUCUUUUCUUUUUUUUUAAUUUUCUAAAAUUAUUUUUAUUUUAUGUGUAUGCGUGUAUUGCCUGCAUGUAGGUAAGUGCACCCAUGUUGUGCAGUGCCCUCAGAGGACAGAG